AGAGUGGGUAUAAAACAGCCAGUGUGUUUGACUGUGUAUCAUUAAUAGAUCAGUAUGGAGCUCAGUCUACUUCCUCUAAUGCUCUUGCUGAUUUUAAAUGUUCAUCCUGCACACACCCAAGGCAAACCCAAAUUAACUGUAAAGCCCCAGAGUUCAGUGUUCACUGGAGACACAGUUACUCUGAUCUGUGAUGAGGGACGGUCAACUGGACGGACAAUUUACUGGCUCAAAGACUUUAAGAGAAUAAAAGCUGGUUCUGCAACAGUAACACUGAGAGAAGUGAGAGUCUCUGAUGGAGGAAGAUAUGCGUGUGCUGUAGAAAGAAAGACCACACAAAGCCAAGGAGUCAUGCUAACAGUAAGAGAGAGACCCAAGCCUGUAGUGCGUGUCCAGCCUGAUGGACGUGUGUCCAGAGGACAGACAGUCACUCUCUCGUGUGACAUACAGCAGACAGACGUCAUCAACUGGAGCUACAGCUGGAAUAAAGAUGAUUCAGAGAUUCAUGUCAGUCAGUCUCAGGAAUACCGAAUCAGUUCUGUUAAUGAAUCUCACACAGGUAAUUACAGCUGCACUGGAAGAGAAACAGGAGGAUCACGAUACUCACACACCAGUGAUAAAGUUACACUCACUGUAUCAGAAUUUUCAAAAGCUGGACUGAUCGCAGGACUGAGUGUCACAUUUCUGCUCAUUUUCGCUCUGGUCUUGCUGUGGUGCUGCAAACACAAAGGUGCAGAAUCUCCAUGUUCCUCUACUGACCAUCAGCCGCAAAACAUCAAACAGACAUCAGAACAGAAGACGAGUGGACAAACACCACCGCAGUCCGAUACCAUAUAUGGACCUUCUUAUGUGUCCUAUGCAAAGAUUGACCUGAAAUCCAUGAAUGAAAUUAAGGAGAAAAAGAAAGACCAAGGAAAGGAGAGUUGUGACACUGUUUACUCCAAACUGAAGAUUAAAGGUUCUGUUGCUUGAUCUAUAUGAUGAAUACUCAACUUUAAUCAACAAUGGAAAUCAAAAAUGUACCAAAAGUUGGUGAUUUGGAUACAUUACCCUAAUUAUUAAGAAUAUUGUUUUAAUUAUCAAUCAUAUCAUGCAUAUAUUCAUAAUCCAUGACAUUUUAAAACAAGAUUUGUUUCACCACAACACAUGAUUCUUAUAACUGCUGAUACAGUACCACUGGGUGCAUAUUCAUUCAUCUUACAUAACUGUUACAUUACUAAUAUGCAUAUGAAUAUUUUAAGAAAAUAGCAAUAGGCCUAUGUUCACAUGUUUAUAUUAACCACAGAGCUUCCUCAAGCAUCAAGGUCAGUUUAUGACACAGUUGUUUUAAGAUUUCUUUUGGUGAUUUCAAAUAUUAAAUUGUAUCCUAAGCUUAGUGAACAGUUUUUGAGAAAUUGAUGUUUACCCAUUCAAAGAGAUAGGCCUGGAUGCCUGAGAGGCGUUUCAGAGAUGGCAGCUGAGUGACAUGACUUGUCUUAAAGAGACUUUGAUCACUGCUGUUCAUAAGCACCAUCUGCUGUCAUAGAGUGAAUCUGCAUCUCAUUCAGCUUGUCUGCUGUUUCAUUCAGCUGUUUUAUGUAGUAUAGUUUCACAAAACUAAAGUCAGACCAUUCUGUUUUUGCUUCAAAUUUCGAAAUUAUACAGUCUAAUUUAGAUUAAAGACUACUCAUGCUGCAUGUAUGCUGCAUCUUUGUUUGGCUCCAGUGGUUGCCUCUAAUUUUAAAUAGAAAGAGUAAAGAUUUUGUGCAACUUACUUGUUUAAUUUGGGGUUUGUUUCAAAUUUUUAAUUUAGUUUUGUUAUAUUUCAAUUUAACAAAGAAACGUGCAGCAAUGUCCAAAUAAAACAGCACCUUUUCAUUCAAUGUAUGAUUUCUUCAAUCUCAUUUUGUUAAAAAACUAAAUGGUGAGAACAGUUGACUGAAUCAUUACAUCCAUACUUAUUACAAACCAGCUUGUUUUUAUUUUUAUAUUAUGUAUACAGAAGUUCUUAAUGAGAAUUAUUUUUGUCACCGUUACAGUGUUUAGUGUUUUAGAAAGGCUCUUGACCAUUGACUAUUUAACAUAACUUUUUCUCACUCCUGUAAAUAUGUGUUUAUUAGACACAUUUAUUAAGACAAAAAAUAAAAUUAUUAAAUAAAAUUGCUGUGUUUAUGAUGAUAUCUGAUAAAUUUCAUUCAGGUAAGACUCUUAUUAUGUGGGAUAACAAUAAUGCUACUAAUUCUUGUGAUAAUUCAGUAUCUCUGAAAUAUAGCGCAGUUGUGAUAAUUGGAUAAUCUGCAAAAUAUAAAAAAUACAAUUUGGACAAA